GCUAUCGUUUAGUUGGCGUCUGUACAUUAUGCAAAAAACAGUGUUAGGUAUAACCUCGUGUGCAGUAGAUAAUACAUUGUGUAUAAAGUCACGUAUGCAGUGAAAUAAAUAUAUAUAUUUAUAGGAGCACAAUUUAUCAGAACUAUGAAGUUUAACGAAGGCGAGGAAGUCCUCGCAAGAGCGCCAGCUUCGGGAGAAUUUGAAAAAGGAAAGGUCGUCAAUGUGAGGGGUACCAAUUACCGAGUUCAACUCAAAGGAGGCUCGGAAAUCACCCUCAAGGAAGCUGAUAUUAAGCCCACCAGCAGAACAUCCAGAAGUGCAACAAGGACGAAAGGACGACCACCGAAAAAGAGCCCUACUCGAAGUUCGCCAAGUCGACGUUCUCCGAGUAGAAGGUCUCCUGGUCGACCUACGAACCAGAGUAGAAAAUUGCCAGUACGGAGUUCAAGACUUGCACAAGUUUCACUCUCCGAUGAUGAUAAAAAAGAAGGUUCGAGCGAAGCUAGCGGAAGUAUUCGUGAUGAAGAACCGGAGUUGGCUCCUCUUCAGUCCCGACUUCGCGAUGUUGGCCCAACAACGAGACGAUCGAUAAGACUCCUGUCGAAUACUGCAAAAGCUGAGCAGGAGCAAAAAUUAAUUAUGCUGACGAGAACCGUCGAUCGCGCUGCUUCUCUUCCACUCGAUAGAAAAGGUCUCGCCUACGACAGCUUAAGGGAGAGCAAAGAAAGAGGAUUUUCCAUGCAGAGAGAACAAGAUUUACUAAAAACCGUGCACUACGAGGGCGCAGACUCUGCAGUUCUGGAGAAGCACAAGAAGGAAAUAGAUCUCGUCAGUAAACCGCAAGAGUGGGGAGGCUGGUUUGGGGUUUUGUUGCUAAUAAUCAUUGGGCCUCUUAGCAUUCUUCUGCCGCAGUUUGCUUGCUCGAGUGGCCGAUGCAGCAUUGCACAGUUUCGCGUGUCUAAGGAUUUUAAAACUUACCUAAAUCCUAAUGCAUUCUUGUUUUAUGCGGCAUAUCUGCUCUUCGUCGCUAUUGCGAAUUUGUUGCCUAUCGGUAGGGUCAUCGAUGGUCAACAGACCAGGAUCGGUAGACUCCAAUAUCGAAUAAAUGGUUUCUUGACUGCAUUGUUGACUCUAAUUGCAUUUGGAGUUCUCGAGUACAAAGGGUACAAGAUCAGCGACUUUAUUUUGAACAAGAGUUUGCAGUUGACAAUCGUCGGAUGGAUUUAUGGUGCGCUUCUGGCCAUUGGUCUCUAUAUCAAAGGCGGAAGAACUUCCGUGGCUAAUUUGAAUAUGUACGCUCUCACGAAUAAUCGCAUCUAUGACUUCUGGCAAGGACGAGAAACUAAUCCACGUGUGGGGCCUUUGGAUGUGAAGUUUAGUUUCAUCAGGGCAACUUUAAUUGGAUCGAUUUUGGUGUCAGCGGCUGUACUUGUCAAAGUAUUCCAAGCAUCUCAGCCUCUUUCUCUCUCCACCAUCAAUUUGACGGCCCUUAUCGCUGCGAUUUUCCAGAUAGUUUAUGUCCUCGACGGCUUGCUUUUCGAAGCUGCUUUCGUGACUUCUUUCGAAGUUAUGUACGAAGGAACUGGAUACAUGCUUUGCACUGGAUAUCUCAUGUACCCAUUCAUUUGUACUCUGCCCGCAAGAUAUGCCCUCUAUAACAAUAUCCCCCAAUCUCCAUACGUUCUGGCUGCUCUCAUCGUCGCCUUCUUUAUCGGUUACGGACUCUACAGAUAUUCUAAUUCUCAAAAGGACCUGUUCAGAAGAAAUCCACUAGCUCCGAGUCUAGCCCGUUUCGAAACGAUACCGACUGUUCGAGGGAAGAAACUGAUGGUGUCUGGUGUAUGGGGACACGUUCGUCAUCCAAAUUACCUCGGGGAUAUUAUUCUUCACUGGUCCACCGCUUGCUUAAGUUUAGCGAAGGACAUUUUGCCUUAUUACAACGCAAUUUUUUUAACGCUUGUACUAAUUCACCGUGCAACGAGAGACAGCAAGCGCUGCAAUCAGCGAUACGGGCUCGCCUGGGAGGAAUAUUGCUCUCGCGUCAAGUACAUGAUUGUGAAAAGAGUAUUCUAAGGCUCCUUAGACUAAGGGGUCCUCCUCGCUUAUCUUCAACCUAGCGGGCCACGAUCUACGUUAAUGAGUUUAAUCGGUGCAUAUAUUAUACGUAUAUGUAUGCAGCUUAAUUUGAUACCUAUUUAAUUUUAGCGGAUUCAAAAUCUCGGCUACAGCAAAACAUUUCUAUUGCAUAGGACGGAAUUUAUUUAUACACAUCACAGUUUUUCUUUCGUUUAUUAUUAUUAUUUUAUUUCCAGUCAAAAUUUAAUUGUAAGUUUUAAAAUCACGGUGUUUAUGAAUGUUUUGACCAACGAUAUUGUGAAAAAUUGUCGUCGUAAGUGUAUGUAGUUUUGUAUACAUAGAUGGAAAUUGAAAUUUGUAAAAAUGAGAAUUUUUGUUAAGGGAAGGGAUAAAUUAUUUUUCUAAAGAUAAAUGUUGGUAAUUGAGGGAGAGAGAGAGAGAGAGAGAGAGAGUGACAGUUGGGUAGGGGGGAAGAGGGAGAGACGCGUCGUGGCCCGUAGAGCUCGAGUUUUCGAGGGCCCCUGCUUUAGGUCAUGAAAUAAAAAAAUGUGCGUCGAGAUGAUCUUUGAAAUACGUUUAUGGACUUGAAAUUUUAAUGGACUUAACAAUCCUCGUUGGUAGGUAAACUUUAAGUUUUCGGAUCCAUUGCGAGGCUCUCUAUGCGACUAGUAUUAAGAUAAAUGUAUUUCAGAGUAGAGCGAUGCAGAGUCUGAGACAUUCGGGGGUAGCAGAUUAAUUGAUGUAGAUAACUCCUGAAUUGUCUUGCCGAUUGUGCAGUAAUAAUCGCAGGAUCCUAGGUCGAUCCGGCAUCCUUUGGUUUUCAAAGGAAGCAAGAGAAUCGAUCCUGUAUGAUACCCUGUUUUUAUGGGAUGUUUAUAAAUACCUGAGUAUAUGAAAAAAAUAUAUAAGUGACAUUAGAACUGCAACAGUCGUUUAUGAGACUGUUAUUAUGAC